AUGGAUCCAGCAGGAGGACUUGUUCUCGGGGCCGUGUCCCUCGUCACUCUUUUCAAGACUUGCUUGGAUUUGUAUGAUGCUAUCGAAUCCGGUAGAAAUCUCGGCACAGACUACAAGAUACUUGUCACGAAGGUUGGGGUUGAACGUGUUCGCUUGGCACUAUGGGGAAGUUUGGUGGGACUUUAUGACUUGCGAAAAGAUGAAGACUCUCAGGGAGAUGGCAUCGCCGAAUACUACGAUGUGCUAGAUUCUCGACUUCUCGAUCCGCGCAUUGCCAGUGCAGUUGCAGAUAUUCUGAAUUGCAUGCGGCGCCUCUUUGAAGAUAGUGGAUCACUGGUGAGGAAGUACGGGCUAAAAGAACUGGCUUCGGAUGAUCUUGCGGUUCUUACCAUCGAAAACCCAGUCAAAAUGACAUUUAAGAAGACAUAUGCCCGUCUACAGGCGUCGGCAUCGCGUAUUCAGAAGCAAACGCCACUGGUUGCAGCAGCACGGUGGGCGAUUAAAGACAAGAAGAAGUUUGAGCGCUUUGUUAACGAUUUGCGUGACUUUAACGACAGCCUGACACUGCUUUUUCCGGACGUGGAGAAAAAUACACGUACAACCAUGAUAAACGAGAUCAAAGAGUCAACAGAUCUUGACAGUCUUCAGCUCGUCGAGAAUGCGGUUUCUGACCUGACCGGGGGUGAAGAGCUUGUCGAGGCGGCGAGCUCACGCAUUACGGAGAUAUCAAAAUAUUCAACAAGUGUGGCAGAGACAGCAGCGACGGAAAUCACGAAUGAUAGCGUCGCUGAUGUCAAUGUGGAACGUAUAAGCCGGCAGCUGGAGAAGAUGGAAGUUACCAUGAGCAAGCGAGUGGAGCUACGUGGAUCGCUGCAGUUUCAACUUUCGAGCCUUGGGGGUCAAAUCUUUCUUCGGUAUGAUUUCUUUGGAAUCCCCUAUGACGAUUAUGUCGUGGAGAUACAAAAAGAGAUGGAAUAUGUGAACCCUCCGUAUCAAGCAUGGUCUUUGAUGUAUAUGUCAAACAGAGAAAGAACCCUGGAACUUGAUUUCAGCCAGCAUGACGUCGAGAGUGACCGCAAGUCCCAUGGAAGAUAUCCAGGGACCUACACCAUGGACGGCUAUAUCGCUGAAUUCAACUUGUGGAUACGCAAUAGCAACGCGACUCCCCAGCAGUUUUCCAACACCAAUGGAUUGCUCCCAGGUACUCCGCUCGAUGUCUUGGUCGAACGGGUGCGUCGUAUAAGACUCCAAGGUGACCAAUCCUGGAACUUCGACAGCCGUUCCCUAGAUAAAGAUCUUAGCGAACUCCUUGGUCCACCCCGCGGGUCUGGAAUACAUGGUCAGGUAACCGACAUACUAAACAAUCUCAACCGUCGUCGCGUGUUUCCAGAUGUUGAAGACGGAGCCUCGCUCAUCGAAAUAGCGCUUACUGCCAACAGGGGCAUCCCCAAUUUUGUGCUUCAAGUUAUUCUGGCGCACGAGCUUCGCAUGCGCAUGGUCCAUUUACCGGGCGUUGUGUUCGGCAACGUGAGUCGCCGAAUCGUCGCAGCCUGCCAGGCAUCCGAGAGGUGGAUUGAUGGCAUGGAUUUAAGAUACCCCGAUCCUAAAGGACGGCCUGCCUAUUUCGAGCUACACAGCCUUGUACAUGAGCGGCAGGUUGAGGGGCUUGUCCGAUUCGCGGAGACCAUGGCAUGGCCCGCGCUCGGGGAGAUGCGAAGAUUUACAGAAGAGGUCUAUUCUGAUAUCAGGUCGGGCGGAUCUACGAAUCGCUUUUUAUACGAUUGGCUCUUCGGUUUGAUGCUGCCUGGAAAGAAAUUCGUCAAUACCAUUAUGGCAUCCCUGGUGGCGGCGACUCCAUCUCUCGCUCAUCUUGGCGAAGCUAGAUACUAUAUUUCAGGCCUAGUGGUCGGAGAUAGAUCAUAUUGGCCAGCGAAAUCCGUGCUGGGCCGCGUCCUUGGAGCCAUGAAGGAGACUAGGGCAGCUAAUGGCUGGGUCGGGCCGUUUCCAAGGCCAGUGGGGCUAAAAGCAGAGGACAUUGCAGACGGUUGGUCGCAAGUCCAUGCAAGAGACGUGACCUUCAACGGCCAUCUCCUGCCCGAAGAUCAGUCUGGAGAUAGUGGACGAUUUCUCAUGUUCCGGCACCGUGACGAGGAAUCAAACGCGUCAUCUUGGCUUCGGGGGCUUGCAGAUCGUUCGAAAUGGGUUGUUCCCGUUGGGCCUUCUAAAUCGCUCGAUAAAGUUGACUUUCGUGCUAUAAAAUUGAAGACAAUCGAGGAGAACCCUAAUGAAGAGGAGACAGAGCCACGGCAAAGAGCAACCUUGGAGUUGCUAAUCAACAACCAAUCUGUCGAAUUCACUCUCUACAGUAAUCCGGUCUUUGUUACUGCGCCAAAGUGUAUUGACGGACCACACGCUGCGCAUGAAGAUGACCUACCCAAGAUGCAAAAUAUCUUGAGCGAGAGUGUGAGCUGGCCGCACGAGCGUGGUGCUCUCAGAAUGGACAACAUGCAGUACUGGCCAGAGGCAAUGGGACUUGCUUUGCAUGUGCGGUCAGGACUGCUAGUCAAGGUGCUCUCGCCGUUGGAUGUCUAA